CAAGACGAACUCCCAACUCUUAAGCCACAAUCGCCCACAUGAGGAUGCUUCGACACGGGUGCCUCGGCUCGCCGUUUAGGUUCCUCGGACUGCGACUCAAAAACUCCAAAGGAGACGCUGCUGUGGACCAAAGUUUACUCCAGUUCAUCAGAAUCAGAAGAGGAUGUUUUUGUAUCUUACCUGUUUAAGCUUUAAAGUUUGUAGCAUUAGGGGCGUGGCCUCUUUGACGUACAGGUGGCAGAGAAACUGAUGUCUCACUGAGAUUUUUCUUUUUCACUCACAUGAGCUCGGGCGCUCUCUCUGAAGUAUUUAGUAUGAGCUCGACUGUCCACUGUGGGCUGAGAGCUGAUCAGCUGCUGUCUGUACCAACACAGAUGAAUGAGUAUACAUAUCUAGUAACGUGCAUACAUCUCAUCAUCCUCACAUUCCUGCUCUUAGAUUUGGUUGUUUCUUGCAUUUUGCAGCUCUGUUGCUCGUGAAGCUGGCACACGAGAAUUUCACUCACAUGUGCUGUGACAAUAAAACUCUUUGAUUUGAUUACAGAGAAAAGCAGCAGAAACAUUGAGCUGAACAGGCACUGAUUUGAUCUUUGAGUGGCCUGUGACCUCUGACCUCCUGACUGUUAGGAGGUCUUUCUCAGUCCAGCCUCUGGAGCUGUGAACUUAGUUCAGUCUACAAAUGCACCAAAGCCUCCAAAUAAUUAACUUCUAAUAUAUUGUGUCUUCCGAGGCCUCGAUGUAAUCGGGACCAGUCAUGUUUUACCUUUAUGCCAUCCGGCUGACCAGUCACGAUCAGUGGUGACAGAAUCGACCAAUAGGAAUUCACCCUGAAAAAUCCAGCGAGCAGGCUGAAAAACCUCCCUCCUCGUGUUGAGCUACAGAAGCAGAAUCACCAGCUGCUGCGUCGCAUUGUGUGUGUGUUUGUAGGUCCGAUUUUAUCCUGUUUAUUUCUGUUUUUCCAGUUUGAUACCAAGCCGGUCCUGUUGAGGGGAAGUUUCCAUCUUUUGGACUUCCUGCGUGCGUAAUAGCGGGAGGCGUGUCCUGGUGCAUGUGCUGAUAGAUAUUUGUGGUUGUUCCUCAGAGUCUGAAGUGGAUCGUCAGUCAGCCUUCCCGUUUCUAUAAAAAUCUAGAUGUGUGUAUCAAGGUGUCUGCGAUGUGUGGGCGUGUCUCUAGUUCCCAUGGCGAUUGUCUGCAUACUGUGCAACAUCCUGCUACUGGUUCCUGAGCUGAAGAUCCAGUUCCUGUUGGACGGUCAUGUGACUAGAGAGGCGACCUGGGCCACAGGACUGUGGGGCUCUGGCUUCCUGGUUCUACUUGGAGCUCGAGCCUUUGUCCAGAGCAGCAGAACCCGAGGCUGCUGUGCGUUCAGGAGUCAGAUGUUGUGCCAGCUGCUUUACUCCUGCCUGUGUCUGCUCUCUGCUGCCUCCUGCUCCCUGGUCAGUGCCACUGGUCUGUCUCAGGGUCCCCUCUGCCUCUACAACGACUCCUCUGGUCCCACCUGGGGGGUCCCGCUGCAGCCCCUCCCAGGCCGACACUCGGGAUACCUGUUCAACAGGACUCUGUGGUCUGGGGUCUGCUUGGAGCCCAGCUCGGUGGUCCAGUGGAACUUGGUCCUGUUCGGUGUGAUGGGGACUGUGAGCGGACUGCAGUCGGUCCUUUGUGGGGCCAACAUCCUGAACUCCAUACUUGGCCUGAUUCUGGGCCAGGGCCUCUCCCACAGCAAGAUCAGUCCAGUUUCAGUUUGACGUGGGUUCGAUCCUGGGAGCUCCGACUGUGAUACACAGAAUUAAAAUGAAAAGUCUUUCACUGAUGCACUUUAGAUAAUCAAUAGCAUGAAGAUCAAUAACUUGAGAUACCUCGACCUUACGCAGGAUUGCAGUACAUGUACCUUUUAAUAAUUAUUUAUUUUCCUGAAUAAAACUAUUUAAACAUCCAGUUAAGCUAAAUAAUCAAUAAUAAAAUAAUAUCCUCAUGCUGAAUAAGAGCUUCAACAAAUUUAAAUUUUUGGUUAAAAAAAAGAAAACAAAAUCAUUGAUUUUUGUUUUCAAAGUUAAACUCUGAUUUUUAUUGAUUAUGUUGUUUACUGAUCAUUUUAUUAAACUUUAUUUUUUUAAUUUUGUAUUUAUUUAUUUUGAUUAGCAUUCAAAUAUCUCAGUGAAUACAGAAUAAAGAUCUACCACAAAGAAAGCACCAGACAAGGCUAAUCAAAAGGUAUUGGCUGAAGCAUUUGCUGUUUAUGUUUUUGUGAUAAUCCAUAAAACCAAAUAAAACUAAGUGUUAAAGAUGUUUUGGUUUUAGUUGCAGCGAUAAUAUGAGCGAUGGAAGGCAGUGUGUGUGUGUGUGUGUGUGUGUGUCCACGUGUCUUGUUUCCCCACUGUGGUCCCAUGUUCUCCUCGUGUUCAGUGUCAUGCCUCCCGCCCGUUGUGUCCGCUGUAUGUGUUCCGUAGUUUGAUCCGUGUCUCGUCUCCCAUUGUCACUUCCCUGUUCUCUUGUUAAGUCUGAGUGUCUUACUCUGCCUAUUUCCUGUUUUAUUUUGACAGUCCCGUGUUCCAUGUUCGGUGUGUUUAAUUUUGCUUCCCCUGUGGCGUCAUGUUCAUCUGUCGGCUGUUCCAUCAUUACCUUUCUGUGUAUUUACGCCCUCUGUCUCCCUCUGCUGGUCGUCCGAUCAUCUGUUAAGCUCCUGAUGUCUCAUAUAUAUUUCCUGGUGUUCCUGGUUUUCAUGUAUUUAUUUUCCCAGUUUAGGUUUUUGCAAUUAGUUUCUCUUUUUCGUG